AUGGAUCUCUCCUUGCCACGCAAGCCUUUUCUGUGGCUAUUGGUGUUGCUUUUUUCUUUCACUGAAUGUUGUUGGUCGAGUUCCUUCUUCUUCCUUCAUGCAUUCUCAUUACAAAUCGAACAACCAUUACAACCAAAGAGUGAAACCACCAUCACCACUUCCUUUACUUCCAUCUCGUAUUCGAAUAUUAUUCAAGGUGCUCAACUCUACAAGAAUGGAGUGUCUCAACCUCUCACAAACAAACCUCUCACAACUAUUAAUUUGGUAAUCAAGGGAGAGAAAAUUCCAGCCUAUGAAGAUGCUCUUGGAAGACCUUUUUACAUGUCCAAAGAUGGUCAAGUCAUGUAUUUUGAUCCCAACCAACCAGAAUCUCCAAAUCUUCCCAAUUUGGACAAUCCCAAUGAAACCACUUCUCAGGCUCUCUACGACAAUAAGAAACGUCGAUACUUUAUUGAUGCUUUGGGUAGAGCUUUUUAUAUGGAUCAGAAGACUGGUCUUCCUUUCUUUAUUGAUAACAAUAAUAAGGAUUACUUUAUUGACAGGUACAACCGAAUCUACUUUAGAGAUGAAAUUGGUAGAUAUUACUUCAUUGAUAUUAGCACUGGAAGACAAAUCUACUUUUUACCUCCAAAUACGGUUCAAGAUAUCCCAGGAUUGGAUCUUUCAAAGACUCAAAAACCACCAACUGUGACUCAACCAAAACCACCUAUUGUUAUCACAGUUCCUCCUCAACCUCAACCACAGCCACAACCUCCACAACAUCCACAACCACAGCAACCACCUCCUGUGUCACAACCAAAACCUCCAGUGGUUGUAGUGACCCAACCUCCCUCUCAACCUCAGACACAAACUCCUCCUCAAUCCUCUUCCAUCUAUGUGAACACCUUGUCCUCUCGUUAUGCUGAAGUGGUGAAUCCUAACAUACUGGCUGGCGGUCCUUUUGUCGAUUCAAAUGGAAGAGUUUAUUAUAAGGAUGAAAAUGGUCAAACGACUUACCACGACUCAAAUGGACAGCCCUUUUAUAUAGACCCAAUUACAAAUCAAUGUUACGUUUUGAACAAAUUAGGUGAAAAAGUUGCCUGCCCAGCUGAUUCUUCGUCCCUAUCUCAAGUGAACUCGGGAAGCUCAAAGAAAACUUACUUGUACGGUAAUGAUGGUACUAUUUACAUGGUCAAUGACAAUGGUGAUUUGAUUGCAACGAGUAAAUCAAGACCAGAUCUUGAUUCACAAGUGAAUGGAGUUGGUAGAAGCAAUAGUGAUUUGGCACCUGCUAAGGGAUAUGUGGUAGUCGAAGGCAAGGUGUAUUGGGUGGACACCAACGGUGACACUUUGCCCUUCAAAAACGCACCUAAAGCUACCGACCGAGUAAGGUAA